AUGCUCAAUCCGACUACCAGAAUUGCGGAGAACGAUCUUGCCAAGGAUGCCAAGUGUGGGGAGGGAGAUGGAUCCGGGAAGAACGCACCGAAGCUAGCAUCCAAACCACGCGAUCGUUGUAUCGGCACCUGUCUCAUUGGUCAAUGGCCGCGCUACCCCAUCCGUGACGACCAUGAACUGACUUUGAAAUACCCACCAAGCCCACCAGCGGGUUGCCAUGUGAGCAAACGAAAAGCCAUGCUCGACCAGAGAACGCUUGACGUCCCGGUUCACACACCUAUGGGGAAUCCUCGGCACUCGAGGACCUGGGGCCGCGCUUCUACAGCCAGUGACGCGUCUUUAACGACUGAGAUGCAGUCUUGUGAAUUCCAUUUACCCAUCCUCCAAGACAUGACGGCUCGUACAUGGCUCCCCAAAGGCAGAAGACCUCUGCUCCUCUACGAAGAGAACAUGUUCAGGAGCUUUUGGACUACAUAUUCGGGCAAGGAACUCUUAUACACCACCUCACAAUUAUGCACAGCCUUUUUCUCUCCCGCGGCCGUUCCAGGAAGCUAACCGCGAACGCGGGCGAGCACGUGGCCGUAUAAUAAUAACCGGCUCGCCAAGGAGCCGUUCACCGAACAGCGAUGACCGACCCGUGAUAAUGGCCAUGAUAGUGGAGAGGACUAACUCCAACUUCGAGCCAAGGAACAGUAUCCUUUGUGCGCAUGACUGUCGACUGAAAGGAACCGUGUGCCUAGAACUGGGAGUGCUGGAGUCAACACGCAGUCUUGUCCCCGU